GGAAGGGUGGGGUGAGGGGGCGAGGCCGCAGCUAGCGCGGCGAAACUCUCCUCCCCUCUGCCCCACAGCGUGGGACGGCGUGAACGCGGUGUUGGAGGGAUGUCCGCCUUCUCUGAGGCGGCGCUGGAGAAGAAGCUGUCGGAGUUAAGCAACUCGCAGCAGAGCGUGCAGACCUUGUCCCUGUGGCUCAUCCACCACCGCAAGCACUCGCGCCCUAUCGUGACCGUGUGGGAGCGGGAGCUGCGUAAAGCCAAACCAAACAGGAAGCUUACUUUUCUCUACCUAGCCAAUGAUGUCAUUCAGAACAGCAAAAGGAAGGGGCCGGAGUUUACAAAAGAUUUUGCACCAGUUAUAGUGGAGGCUUUUAAGCAUGUUUCAAGUGAAACUGAUGAAAGUUGUAAGAAGCACCUUGGAAGAGUGUUAUCUAUUUGGGAAGAAAGGUCUGUUUAUGAAAAUGAUGUAUUAGAACAACUUAAGCAAGCUUUGUAUGGUGAUAAGAAGGCUAGGAAGCGAACUUAUGAACAGAUAAAGGUGGAUGAAAAUGAAAACUGUUCCUCUCUGGGAUCUCCAAGUGAACCACCACAGACUCUAGAUCUCGUUAGAGCAUUACAAGAUCUAGAAAAUGCUGCUUCAGGUGAUGCAGCAGUUCAUCAGAGGAUAGCUUCUUUACCUGUUGAAGUCCAAGAAGUAUCUCUACUAGAUAAGAUAACAGAUAAAGAAUCUGGAGAAAGGCUUUCUAAAAUGGUAGAGGAUGCUUGCAUGUUGCUGGCAGAUUACAAUGGCAGAUUGGCGGCUGAAAUAGAUGAUAGGAAGCAGCUCACUCGAAUGUUAGCAGAUUUUCUUCGUUGUCAAAAGGAGGCCCUUGCAGAGAAAGAGCAUAAAUUGGAAGAAUACAAGCGCAAAUUAGCCAGAGUUUCCCUGGUGCGCAAAGAACUCAGGUCCCGGAUCCAGAGCCUGCCAGACUUGUCUCGAUUGCCCAAUGUCACUGGCAGCCACAUGCACCUGCCCUUUGCGGGGGACAUCUACAGUGAAGAUUGAUGACCAGUCUCUUUCCAGGGCCCAGGACUUUGCAGGAGAUGGAGACAGGUUAGGUGGAUAGUCCUGUAGUGUUAUUUUUGUAUAUUGUUGAGAGUGACACAACAACAACAAAAAAUGACCAGUAAUUUAUAAAAUUGUUUAAAAUGUUGGUUUGUUUACUAUUUUCUUGGUAAGUUAACAUGACUUAGUUUAAACAAAGUGAUGAUCUCUGUGUAUUAAUAAGUUCACAAAUAGUGAUUAUUUUCAAAAGAUCUUUUGUAAAUUUUUUUGAUCCAGGGCCUUGUGAGAAAUUCCAUGUUUCUAUUUCUUCAUGUUAUUUUCAAAUGCUUUUCUUUAUUUUCAUUUGUAUCUAAUCACUGUAUAGUAUGUAAUUUCUAAAGGGUAAGAGCUAAUCAGGAGUUGGUUGAGACUUGAUUAUGGUAUAGUUAGGACUUGAUUAUAGAGGAGACUGAGUGUUUCAACUUAAUCUUCACCCUUCUCCCCGACCAAAAUAUCAGUUCUGUGCCUCUCAAUGCCUUGAUUCCUUAUUCCUUAGAGGUCAGUAAUUUAACACUAAACAUGGGUGUCAUUUUUAGAGUCUCAUCAGAGCUUAGAGAAUGUUUCCACUGUAGCACCGUAGGGGUCCAUUCCAACUGCCAGAGUAGAAUAAGAGGAGUGUUAAAUAGGGACCCCCUUGAUUAAACUGUUUAAAAAUAGUUGAUUAGAUUAAUACGGAAUGCUUGGGAAGUGUUAUAAAUUUUGACAUUCUACCAACAGGACAGCUUUCAUUCUGGAACUGAUUUCUGUCUGUCAGAUCAGUCUCCUUUUAACAUAAUUGAUCCCUUUAACAUAAAGCCAUCUGUGGGAUUAAGAGAAACAAAAUAAUGAUACUUUUAUUAUUCCCAUAGCCUUUAACUUUAAAAACUAUGGUAUUUUUAGCUCUAAUAUCUCAAGGACACAAUGCUCAUUUAUGUUCAUUAAAGUAGCCUGGAACACUUUUAAUGUUUCCUUAAGGUUUUGAAUGACUGUAUAUUUGGAAAUUAAGCAGUGCUGCACUACAGGGUAGAUCUGGUAAAUAUUAUAUUUGUAUAUUUAGAAUUACCAAAACAAUGUACUUUUACCUUUUUUAACCCUGUGUGUUAGAGCAGUUGCAUGCUCUCCUGCUUUCUUCUUAAAUCACAUUAUUAAGCUAUGGAUUUGAACUCAGUGAUGACUUAGGAUAAACGUUUUUUUACUCAUUACGUAUUGGACAUUUUUCUUUUCAUUGUAAGCAGAUUCAAAUUAGAUAGCCAAUAAAACAUCUUUCAAUCCCACAAGCCAGUUAUGUCUCAGUAGUCUGAAUGGCUUCACUCUUUCUUCCUCAGUAUUAGAGAUUAUAGUUAAAAGGAAUUUAUAUGUGAAGGAGAAUGCAAAUAUUUAUUUUUAAUAGCUAAUAGUUCUGGAAACAGUGCUUUUUAACAAUUUGACCCCUCUCCAAAACAGACACAUACAAAUGGUUCCCAUUCAUAUAUGGCGUAUAGUCCAAAGUUUUUAAUCACCUUUUGGGAGCUGGGGCACGUUUUCUUACAGAAACAGUUGUAGUUAGGUUCCCUGUGAACACCACUACAGAAAACUCACCUGGGAAGCUAAUGCACUUAAACAUGAUGUAGUUCAUGUUGACAUAAAGUAGUUGACACAUUAUUAAUAGUUAUUAAUAGUAGAUCCUGACCAGCAUUUGUAACAUUCUAACGUCACUCUAACUGAGGAAAUGGUGUGUAGCGGCCAGACCAUGUUGUGGGGUGUGUCUGGUGUACCUCUGUCCAUCCGUGUAGGAUAUGUAAGAAAAAGAUUCAGCUUGGCGGGUGUGUUUAACAAAUGCACAGUUAUAAAAACCUAGUUACCUGUUAUGAAACUAUAUCAUGUAAGUUUUUUUUGUUAAAGUGAAAGCAAAAACUUGUAUAUUAAUUUAUUUUCAACAUCUUGACCUAUUUAUGAUAUGCUAAAAUGGUGAUUUAUUCAUUCAAAAUAUUUUUUUCCAUUUAAAACUAAUUUAUAAACUGUACUCCUGGAGGAUCUGAACUCUAUUAGAAGUUUGUUGAAAUGUUUUCACCAUUUAAGAUAGACUUCUGACUUAGAUACUGAUUUUAAUGCCAGUAUCUGCUCUAAAUAUUUAUUAUAAAAAUGCAUUAUUUUUUUAAAGAGCUUGAUGCAAUUUGUGAUAAGUGAUAGUACUCACCCUGAAUCCUACCCCCAAUCCCACCCUUUGACCCAUCCUCCUCAAACCUUUGGUGGUUGGUUAAUUCACUAACUCUGAACACAAAUGGUAUGGUGUGGUUUAGAAGUUAUAUUUUCAGCCUUAUGAUACUUAACAUGGUAAGCCUUAGCAGUAAGUAGUCUUCUUCUCUAAAAGGUAGAGUACUUCUCAAGAAAUGGGGUUAGAUGGGGGUAUUGACAUACCAGAUUCUAAAUCAUGAGCAUUUUCUCCACUGUGUAUGUGAGGCAAAUCAUGCAUCUCUGAGUGCAGUUUGGCCUGGCCCCUCAAAAGAAAAGCGUAUCACCACACCUGCAGUAGGGGUACUAUGGUUUGAAUGGACACCACCACUCUUUUCUCCACAAACCAUGCAGACAGCUGUUUGGAGUGGCAGUUUGAACAGAUUCCCUGGCAUUCCCUCUGCUCCUUCUAUCACUACAGUAAGUAAAAGAACCACAUGGGGGAACCGGGGAGUCUGAGAAAACCAGCUCUGCUCAGUAGCCAACCUCCCCUCUAGGAAAACCAGCCCAGAUGCAGCUAUUUUGGUACCUUUCCUCACAUUCACUCUGAAUCAGGGUUUUUCUAUCAGAACUCCUUCAGAAUCAGCAAAAGCUGGGAUGACCCGGUCAUCUUGAUUUGCAAAAUUGAAAGAACAAAACUAGAUUGUCACUUGUCACUGUAGAUGAGCAACUCCUCUAUUAGUUAUUGAACUGGUUCUGGAAAAUCUUUAGAAUGAAAAAAAUGCAAAUACAAAUUAAUUGGGAAAGUUAAAAUGUCCUUUCUGAAAUUUCCAUUGUAAAAAUUGAUAUAUGAAAUAACAUAAACUACUAAACUGCUUUGUAUUCUAUUAAGAAAUAGCUCCUGAAGGUAUACUCUUGUUUCAUAGCUGUUGCACUAUAUGAAAGCUUUUUUUUUUUUAAGUGUAAACCCAGUUCUCUGUAGAAAGGGAGCAUUGAGUUACCUACUGACUUUAUUUAUACAGAGCAUUUGCUGCCCUCUGUAAUUCCAGCCAUCCACACGUGAGUCUGUUCUGAGGUGGCAGUAGCACAUAGGAAGAUGAAGUUUCCCUGUUUCUUUACCCCUAUUUGUUUGGCUGUAUCUGAUGACAAUAUAAGAUGUUCUUAAUAAAGUUUUAUGUUCUUUUUGAAAUGUGUAGAUUAUUUUGGUGAAUCUAGUUAAUUGGAUAUGGGAUGGGGAAGG